AAGAUCUGUCUGUCUGCUUAAAGAAGACGUCAGUCGUUUACAUCUUUCUUGGGUUGAUUAGGAAUAUUGUUAAUAUGAGUAAUAUAUUGUGCGUUUUUUCGAACAUUUGUUAUCCAUCGCAGUGUACACUUCGUUGAGUGGUAUUUGUUUCCUAAAUCCAUUACAAUUUGGAUUGUUUUACACAUUUGAAGUGCACGACUACUCGACGCAGACUCGUAUUUCCGUCAUUUUCACGUUUCUGUUACUGACUCAAACAAAAUGCCUAUUGGUCGAAUGAAAAAAGGAUCUAACCUCCGUACAAAAAGGAACACGAUGAUUGAUACAACGACCAAGCAGCAAGUGGUGGUGGUGGGGGAGAGGGAGAAAAGCGGCAAGAAGAAACAGUCUUCAGCUUUCCGAGAACCUCAGCGGAGACACAACGCCAUCAACCUCCCUAAGAACUUGAUAGACAGUGACAGUGAAGACUAUGAUGAAGACAAUUCUUCAGAGGAUGAAAAUGAUGAUUUCCCACACAAUGGAUAUCUGUAUGAUGGAAACAGCAAGAUAACUCCUGACCAACAAGUGAUAUGCAAGUUUGAAACCCUCUCUCUCGAUGAAAAACAAAGCUCAAAGGAUAAACUUGUACAGAAACUUGAAGCUAUUGCAAAGAAAUACAAGGAAUCAGAUACACAAGCUGAAACUGAUAGCAAGCCCAAAGGUUUGAAGGCCCGAAGUCCAUACCGGAAUCGAUUAAAUGAACACAAACAUAAACCAUUUGAGAGACAUGACUUGUCCGUGACCACAGCUCUGGGAAAUGGAGGCCGAGUUUUUGUGCAAUCACUCGCCGCGGUCGUUCCAGAGCCAGUGGCUAAUUUCCCAAAAGAUAACAUGCUUUUGGAUGCAAUUCAGGAUAAAGACUUCAUCGCCAGUUUUAUGGACUUAUCUUCCGACGAGGCAGAACAGGUUUUCUUGAAUUUCAUAGAGCUGGAAAACAAGAAGCUAGAGAGUGAAGGUCAAGUGGUGCCCCAGGAUGUGCUGGUUCCUCAGGUCUCCGUCAUGUCUCCUCGGUCCUCUCUCACUCCAGCACAUUCACCCAACAACCUAGACUUCUACGACUCAAGCUACGAGACAGGGUCGCCCGGCAGUACAGUUGUGACAUCCCCUGGCAGUCCUGGACAACCUCGCAGCUCUGUCAGCUCAGAGUCUGAUCAGGAACUUGACCCUGCAAUGGAGACAGUCCGUGCUCAGCUACCAACACAACAGACCAACAUUGUCAUCAUUCCUGCCACAGUGGUGACCAAAUCCGAGCCCAAGAUGAGACCUCUUGGAGAAGUUGUGAACUACAUUUCUACUUCUGCGUCUCAACGGCUGUACGAUCUCUCCAAGUCAACCAGCUUCUGUGUGAAACACUUCACGAUUCAGUUGGUGCGAGUUGUCAUGACCACCAAAGCUGAGAAUGCGCCUGAUAGGAUUGCAGGAUUCUGCAAGAGCCUGAUGAGUACGAUGAAGACCGAGAUUCUCAACAAGCCUCAUGAAGGAGACAUUUGGCAGUUGUCUAUCUACGCUCACAUCCAGUUUCUCACAGCUCCAGACCGUAUGCAUGAGUACCGCUCGGCACUCAAGACUUGUGAUGAGCGAGGACAUCCAUUGUUGUACAUUGCUGCUGUCAAGCGCCACGAGAGACCUUUGAUUGCUCGCUAUAUUGCUGAGAGCAUGGCUCAAGUUGGAUAUAACCCAUCAGAACCAAUGGACGAUGCUGGUAACACCAUCCUCCACCUUGUGGCUGAGCAGGGAGAUUCCCACAUGCAUGUGCUGAGUGAACUGUUGAUGGCCGUGGGUCCCAACAACAAGCCUUUGCUGAAUGUCAUGAUGCCCAACUCUGUAGGUCAGACCCCCAUGCAUGCAGCCGCUCGCUCCCCCUACACUCAAGUCACCACUCUACUGCAGCUGCUCAAGAUGGGUGCCCAACCCUUGGACUUGGAUCAGUGUGAUAUGACUCCACUGCACUACUACAUACAGGGAAUGUCCAGUAGAGGAGGUUGUCACUUGGAGGAGCUAGAGGUUGUCCGUAAGAUGCUCCAGGCUCCAAUGUGCCUCAAUAAGAAAUCCAUGCAGAUCGUUGAGCGGCUUUUGGCUGAUGGUUCAGUCCCAGCCGAUGUUGUCAAUGUCAUUGUGGAAGAAGUCAACAGAAAUUGCUCCAAGGACCUGAGACCCAAGAAGAUAGACAGGCGUUAGUGGAUGUCAUGUGUUGAGUGUUUCACACCCUAGUAAAGUUACAUGGAACAAGCUGUGGGAGGCUCCAUCUUUACUAUUUCCAUUUCACACAACAGUCUGCUUGUUAUUCAGUACAAAUUUAUCACCACAAUAUGUUAAUUUUAGAUUUAGUUUAGCAUAUUUUUGCCAUCUAAUUUUACCCUUCGGUAUGCAAUGGUUUUUACUUUACAUCCCAAAUUAGAGAAUGGGCUGGUAAAUUUUUGUAGGCUUUUAAAAUCUUUUAAUGUCAAAGGUUUUAUACAGAGACGCUUGUCUUGCAGUUGAAGACGUUUGAAGUCUCUUUACAGUGUUUAUGCAAAAUUUGCAUAACAAAUACACAUAUUGGGAAACAGAUGAAAUAGAUAUUGUAUUUUAUGUCCUUACGUCAAAUGCCUCAUUUAGAAAGUACACAAGAUCUUGCAGCUUGUUUCAAAAUGAAAGUGAUGCAGAUUCUUGUAGUCAUAGUUAAGUCAGUUAGUGUCUUGUACUGAUUUGAGAAAAUCAAAGUUCUUUUGAACAUACGAAGAGAAAUAUUUUUAUAAAUAUAAGUCUAGUUUAUUUUGUUGAAACGGAAUGGGCAGGUUAUUAAACGGGUAAAUUGUGAGAUUCAUAAAAACAGCUUGUAAAGUGCUAAACAAUUUGUUUUCAACAAUCAUUUCCUAUAAGUUGUGUGUUAAGCAGUCUUAGUGUGUAAAUGUUCCAAAUUAUUAUCAAGUUUUAUAAAACGUAAAAGUGUUAAUUCAUUCAGAAAAUUGCUGAACAGAUUCUUGUUUUCAUUACUCUUGGUAAGCAUUUAACUUAAUUUUAAUAUUCAUCCUAAAAAUGGGAAUUUUUUGAAUGUAAUUAACAUUUCACUUACCUAAAACUUGAUCUGCUCAUCCAAAUGUUAUCGAUUUUGUUUAAAGCUCAAUUUGGCUCUAAAGUGUAACAAAUUUAAUAUGUAAUUGAGUACUGUAGUUGUAAAUAUAAUACAGUGUAAAACAAGAUAAGUAUACAACGUGAGGGAGGUCCAAUGGGGGCAAGAUAUACAUGCUUUUCUUACUAAACAUCCGCUUGAACAUUGGGCUUUAGUUUUUAUUCAAAGCUAGUUAAAACCUAGUCUUCCGUACUUAAGUGCGAUAUUGACAGAUUCAGUACACAAUAUUUUCAGAGCAUUUGAAAUGGAUUUGUUUUUUUCCUUUGUAUCACAGAUUAGGCCAUUGUAGUAUAAGGCAGUGGAUGAGUUGUUAUUUUGACAUUGAGGUCAUUGAGGACAUUGGAUUUGAGGUCCCAUAUUUUAAGGGGGUAAAAACAUCAGAUGUACGCUACAUUACAUAUUGAUAGUACACCAAUACUAAUGCUAUAUUUCUUAAUUUUAUAUAUUUGAAUUUUACCAACAUAGUGACUCUCAUUCUGCCAUGAUUUUCUUUCCCAUAUGGAUGUAAAAUAUUAUUUUAUCUCAUAAAUGUUGACAACUUUAUCCUAGAACUGCCACACUCUCUGCCUGUCAGUGACUAUACAUAGUGUAUAAUUUAGUUUAGUAUAAAAUUGUCUUCAUAAAAGUACAAGUUUAGAGUUAUAUCUGCCAUCAACAAGGGACUAUUUAAUUCAUAUAUAAUAGCCAAAGUUUUAAUGUUUUUGGAUUUUACUUGACACUGUAAAAUUUUAAAUAAAUUUUUGAAACUGACGGACCAAAAACACAACUCAUCUACGGCUGAUUGGCUACAGCUAUUGAAGGUAGUUUUUUCAAUCUUUUAUUGCUGUGCCCUCUCAAUAAGUCAAUUCUCAACGCAGCAUUCGGCUCCUUGAUUCAUACAUUGAAACAAACAUAGAAUAUCCUAGAGGGCAGAUAAAAUUAUUCAACCUAUAUUCAAGCAGAUGUUAAAGAAUAAAGGUAAAUUUUUAGUGAAGGAAAUUCAGGAAUUCUCAGAAGAAGAAGAAGUUUAUUAAUCUAAAUAAUGCAUUGUUAGAUGUUUCAAUUUCACCAGACCGAUGCUUGAGUGCAAUAAAUAGGCUAAACACGAGAAUUGAAGCACCUUGUAUCCACCAAUGUAAUUUAUAGGCCUAUGGUACCAUUAUUGUUAGUGUCAAUUGUUAAGUUUCAGCAGGCUGUUUUAUUUCCACUAAAUGUCUUUCUUGUAUGUAGCCUUAUACGAUUGUUGUUUAAUGUGGCACAAAAAUAUAUUUUAUUGUUUAAACCUUUGUUGAAAUGCAUGUUGUUGUUGAAUCUUACAUCUGGGUAACAUGUUUAUGUAUUUUAUGUUUCUUCUUGCAAAUUUAUUUGAAUCAAAGACUUUUUUUGGUUAGUUUAAUCUACGGUGUUUUAUCUCACUUUUUUUGUCAUGACAUCUUUUUUGGACUGCAACUUCAUGUAGCCCUUAAACAUAUUGAGGAUUCUCAAUGUUUUUAAUCUUUCAUCACUAUUUAAGUAUAUUAAGUAUUUAUGUUCAUAUCUUUGAUCUCAAAUUUACUGUUUCACAAACUCAACAUUUUGAUAACUUCACUUCAAAGAAAUAAAGAAAAUGUUGCGAGUAAGUGUUUGGUGACGGUUUUAUAAUGAUUUCAAUUCCACAACAAAAAUUGACUCAACAGGCUCAUUAUUACUCUUACCCGAAGCUCAAAUAAAUUAGCAAGAAACUAGUUGUGAUGUAGUUGGCUGGGAGCCGGUACGAUCUGUCUAAAUGUAAGACCUAACUGUCUGUGAUGUUGCUUGUUUUGUUGUUAGAAAAUUAUUAAUGUUGAUAAUCUGUUUGUAGAUAUGUUGAACUAACUUUAGUGUUGGUUUACACAUUCCACCUUUUCUCUUUUUUUGCAAAUGUCUUGUAGGUGAAGCAGUGAUUGGACAAGGGUUGGCAGGAUACUGAGACUGUUAAAAAGUCCUAUUCUGUUUUAUUGAAUGGAAAAAAUUAAUACUUAUUUUUGAAAAUAUGAAUUUGCCUGUUCUUGGGCUUGUUAAAAAGACUGCUGUUGUAUCGCUACAAAUUUAUAAUUUAGUAAUCUGAAAUAAAUCUUGAGUAAUAGCCAUAUUCUCAUCUAGUACACAUCACAAAGCCCUAGCCAAAAAAGAGGAAGGGGGAAGGGAUAAGGUUGAAAGGGCUUUGCCAUUCUUAAUGUAGCAUCUCUUAUUAUGUUAUCUAUUGUUGUACAUUAUAAAUCAAUUUAAUCGGUAAGAUGUGAGAAACUAUUUUCUUACUGAAUUAUUUUAAAUAUGCCAAUAAUGAGUGAUUAUUGAGUUGUAUAUUGAGAUCAGAUAGAAGUGGAGUUCUAAGGUGCUGGUUGCCCUGUAAGGUGGGAUAGCAUUGUUUACGUUAAAGUCGUCAAAUGCAUGGUCGGAUGUGGUGAUUUUGUUAUCGAUGGAUUCUUGUCAAACAUGUUAGUUGUUAAUCUUAUUUCAAAUUUAUGCUAAGUUAGUGUAAUUUCUAGAUUUCUAACUAAAUGUAAAUGUAAUAAAAAUUAUUUUUUAUUUGAAA